GUUGUCUCCGCUCGGAAAAGCAGGCAGUCGGGACUCUGUAGUUUCCACCGCCGCUGCUUCUCAAAGCUUUCUCCCGGAGAGAUGAGGCGGAAGGAGAAGAGGCUGCUGCAGUUCGCCGGACUGCUCAUAGCGGCUCUUCUUUUCCUCUCCAACGUCGGGCUGUGGUCUUUGUACAGGGACCGAGUGUUCGACAACUCGCCCAACACAGUGGACGGUCCGGGCGGCAACCUUCGGAUCCAGGGGUUGAACCAGAUGAGGAAGGUCGCUCAGGUGGGAAUCGAUGGUGUGCGGCGGACAGACUGGCACGACUACGAAGCAAUGAUGAGAGAUGCUGCUCGCUCAGGUAACGGUGAACAGGGGAAGCCAUUUCCUCUCACAGAAACCGACCGGGUGGACCAGGCCUACAGGGAGAACGGCUUCAACAUUUACAUCAGCGACCGGAUCUCCCUCAACCGCUCCCUCCCUGACAUCCGCCAUGCAAACUGUAAACCGAAGCUGUAUGCAGAGAAGCUGCCCAACACCAGCAUCAUCAUCCCGUUCCAUAACGAGGGCUGGUCGUCUCUGCUGAGGACCGUUCACAGCGUGCUCAACCGCUCUCCUCCACAGCUCAUCAUAGAGGUCAUCCUGGUCGACGACUUCAGCGACAAAGAGCACCUAAAGGUGGCGCUGGAGGAGUACAUGAUGCGGAUGCCCAAGGUUCGCAUCCUGAGGACCAAGAAGAGGGAGGGGCUGAUCAGGACUCGCCUGCUUGGAGCCGGCGCCGCUACAGGAGAAGUCAUCACCUUCCUGGACUCUCACUGUGAGGCCAACGUCAACUGGUUGCCUCCACUGCUGGACCGAAUCGUCCAGAACAGGAAGACCAUCGUGUGUCCGAUGAUCGACGUGAUCGACCACGACAACUUUGGGUACGACACACAGGCAGGGGACGCCAUGCGAGGGGCGUUUGAUUGGGAAAUGUACUAUAAACGGAUACCCAUCCCUCCGGAGCUGCAGGGCGACGACCCAAGUGAACCUUUCAAGUCACCGGUGAUGGCAGGUGGACUGUUUGCCGUGGACAGGAAGUGGUUCUGGGAGCUGGGAGGUUAUGACACGGGUCUGGAGAUCUGGGGAGGAGAACAGUACGAGAUCUCCUUCAAGGUGUGGAUGUGUGGUGGUCUGAUGGAGGACAUCCCCUGCUCCAGGGUAGGACACAUCUAUAGGAAGUACGUCCCCUACAAAGUCCCUGGUGGGAUCAGCUUGGCGAAGAACCUGAAACGUGUGGCAGAGGUGUGGAUGGACGAAUACGGCGAAUAUGUCUACCAGCGUCGCCCUGAGUACCGCCACCUGUCGGCAGGUGACAUGACGGCCCAGAAAGAGCUUAGGAACCGCCUCAACUGCAAGAGCUUCAAGUGGUUUAUGAGCGAGGUGGCCUGGGAUCUGCCCAAACACUACCCAAUGGUGGAGCCUCCUGCGGCUGCAUGGGGAGAGAUCCGGAACAUGGGCAGCGGGAUGUGUAUGGAGAUCAAACACUUUGUGUCAGGGAGCCCCAUCCGCCUGGAGAACUGUGUGAAAGGGCGGGGCGAGGUGGCCUGGAGUCAUGGACAGGUGUUAACAUUUGGUUGGAGGGAGGAUAUCCGGGUGGGUGACCCGAUGCACACGAGGAAGGUCUGCUUCGACGCCGUCUCCCACAACAGCCCUGUCACCCUGUACGACUGUCACGGCAUGAAGGGGAACCAGCUGUGGCGCUACAGAGAGGAUAAGAGUCUGUAUCACCCCGUCAGUAACAGCUGUAUUGACAGCAGCCCGAGCGAGCGGCGAGUCUUCAUGAACACGUGCGAACCCUCCUCUCUUAGCCAGCAGUGGCUGUUUGAAAGAACCAACGCCACCGUGCUGGAGCACUUCAACCGGGGCGCCAAGUGAGGCCACUGGACGUUGAGAUGAGACGUCUUCCAAAGAAAAAUACCAUGAAACAACGAUCACCUUGAUCAGAUAAGAUUGGAAGCUUCAAGUGAAUAAUGUGCUGCUUCAGGAACAUUCCCCGUGGUACAGCCGCAAUCCAGAAUGCUGGCUAUAAGCAGAAAAGCUGGUCGGCCCGCACACUACAACACCCAGAAUCCAAUCAUACAGUAUGGGCUUAUGAUGAGGAAGAAGGGUGGGAGACCCACGGUGAAGCCUGGAAACCCAGAAAACACCUGUGUGAAAAACACAAACUCUGCUGGAUUUAAUGGAUUAUCUAUUCGUUUGCCUCUUUUCAAUUGUUGCCUUAACAAUUCCAACAAUGGGGAAAUACCUGCUUCCUACACAUUCAUCAAAGAUACCAAAACAGCAGAUGGGGACAUGCUUUGUGCAAGCCAAAACUCUAUGGAAGCUGGAAAAAAAACAAUUAUUCCUGCACAGCGUGCAGACGAAUUGCAAGGAGAUAUCUUUCCCAGAAGGAACCCAAUCUUGUACAGACUCGUCUCUAAAGUGCAUUUUUUUUCUACUGAGCAAUAAAGCAAAAAAGUUACAGAA